AAGAAUAGUAUUUUCAAAAUCUAAUUCAUCUCCACAACCAACCUGACACACAGCACAACGUGAAAAAGAUCAACAUAGCGCCAGAAUGACGAUCAAAAUUCUCGUUCCGUUUGAUUCAUCCAUAGAGCAGUGAGAGGAAUUUCCCCGACGUUGAUCGAAAUGGUGUAGCAAUCACGUCAUGUGAUCUUUACGAGAUAUAUGUGGUCUCAUAGAUGUAGCCAAGAUUAACAUUGAGGCAAUGCCAGAUUGCAUUGCUGCGUCAAAUGUGAAUAACGCAAAUUGUGCCGAAUUUUAUCAUUUUAUUAUAAUACCAUUAAUGUUAUCAAUGAUAAAUAGGAAAAUAUCUGUAUUGCCUUCAAUUUCAUAAUGAUUACAAACAUAUGUUACAGAUAUUCAAAAUACAAGGUAGUUUUAACUGGAACAGGUAACAUUGAAGAAAGACAAAAAUUAAAACUGAAAAAUAUUACCGCGUGAUAUCCAGUACACGCAAACCACUCAUAUCAAGGUCAAGUUAUAUGUCAAGGUCAUUUAUUUAUUUAUUAAACAUAGUCACGCAGAUAACGCUCGGUCUUGACCGCGUAUUGCAUGACGUCAUAGGGCUCUGAUUGGCGUCCUCUGAAAACAAGGAUUUUAGAGGUUACUAAACUGGAUUAAUCGCGGGGAACUUCGCCAUAUCUUGCCAGAAAAGCAUAGUUGCGAUAACUUUAUAACAAGCCAUCAAUCCUAUGCCUUUUGAUUGUAUGGAAAUAUAACCAAUAUCUUUGAUCGACGAUCUGUAUAAUGAAGUACACUUCCUUUUAUAACAUAACCCGCCGUAACGCUACCAUACUCGGAUCGAAAACCUUGUUGAAACGGCACAAGAUACCCGAUGCCAUAUGAUCAUCUUAAAACUCUACUAUAUAUAUUUUUUUCCUGUAAUACGGAUGUAAGUAUGAUAUCUCGAUAAAAUUAAUAUUAACGUCCAUAAAUGUAGAUUCCCAUUAAGGCAAUGGGAGAGUACGGCGCCAUGUUAAUAUUACAAAUUGUGUCGAAUGUUGUCACGUUCUGAUAAUACUAUCAAUGUGAUCACCUAUAAUUCCACUGGUUCUCUUAUUGAUCUGGUGUGAUGACCGACAUAACGUUCAUUGACGAAAAACACAACUCACAAACAAUUCGUCUUGAACAUUUGCGUACUUUCAUUUAAGUGUUUGCCCAAGUACCUCUACUUGUAUAUUUAGUACAGUAAUUAUAUACAGUAUAUUGAUGAAUUAUUUUUUUGGAGAAGCUGAAAUAGAAAAAGCCUUAUUAUUGUGCAGAACAAAAUCCUUUACAAUGCGAAACGCUAUAAGGCCUAAUCCCAGAUUUUAACCAUAUACGUCGUUUAGUAAUUACGUGAUGUGUGGAGGGGUUAAUGAGAUGGGUUAAUGUAUUAUAUGAACCAAUACAUGUCAAUCCUAAAGGUAGUACUCUCUGAGUACAUAACCCAAGCAGCUUGGCUAGCUAGGUUUUACUUUUGUAGUUUUUACUUGCGUGUGGAAUGUUUUCUUUCUAGUUUUUUUCAUAUAUCUUAUCCGACAUUUUGCGAAUUUGUUUAAAGAAUUGCAAUGCUUUAGUUGGUUAUCAUUGCUAUGUUAUUAAAAGUCCAUCAAAGUAGACACCGAUUAUUUAAACAAAGAACGUUACGUUGUAUUGUAUAUUAAGUUACAAACAUAACGAAAGCGCCACAGCAAGUAUUAAGAUUUCAAAACAAUCAAUUUCCUUUGUAAUUAGACGAAUUGGUUGUUGGAUUUUUUGGAUUUUUUUUCUGUCAAUAUGCUUGCCAUAUUUGUUGCUAAAACUGCGAUUUUCAUGCAAGGAAAUAUAUUUUCAAAACAGAUAUACGUUUGUUAUGUUAAUAAGGUCGGCUUUUAAAGUGUUUUUGUUUGAAAAUUUGACAGUAUAUUGAGGUAGCGAUUCUAUAGGAAGGUACUUGUAAAUAUCAUCAGUUCACAUGACAUUUAUAGUCGAAAUAUCUCCUUAAAAUUGAUUUCUUUCAAUGCUUUAUGAUGUGGAAUAUAAAUAAAUACAGUAUCUUUAAACAUAAAUUGUGGUAGGUUAUUCAUUACGCUCCAUAGGUGAGGUCUGGGAAAACAAAACAACAUAAUACACAUAUAGGUAUAGUACACACAUUUUUGGAAUGGUUUGUGUGCUAUAUAAACUGUUGUGGCUCUUUAACAAUGAAGACUGACCCGGUGCAUUGGUUGACCACAUCCGAAGGAAGGACCGAUCACACAUUCCCGACAGAAAUACAUCGAUGUUAUCGGCACUUCAUGUCUGAGGUCGGACAUUCCCGACACAAAUACAUAGAUGUUUUCGGCCCUUCACGUUCGGGGUCGGACAUUCCCGGCAUGCAUUGAUCCCCACACACAAUUAGAGGUAUCCAUCGUGUCUUGCAUACAUAUCUCGGUGACAGCAGCUGAUAGAAAUACAAAACCACAUUUCCUUAUUAUUUCCCAGGCAAGAAACAAAGUAACAUAGAUGACAAUAACCCCUAUUUCGAGUUGGUACCAUCUGUGAAAACAACAACAGUCAUUGAGGAAUACAUCGCACUAACAAUUGAACAAUUGAAAUGAUCGACUCUUCUAAACUAAGCAAUAAUGCUUGCUAAAUGGCUUUAUAUCUUAAUAUUCCCACAGAUAACCUGUUUAUAUACAGUAACGGUAGCUCAGAAGAGAAGUAUAGAAGCGGAAAUGGUGGUUUUAGUGGUUUGUAACUUUGUAAGCAUGCCGACCAUUACACAGAGGCUAGUGUGGGCGAUAUCCGCCUCCGAUCUGGUAUAUAUUGAGGUAUCGCUUCAUUGCGAGUGAAAAUAGCAUUGUAUUUCAUUUGAAACUGAGGAUUUGCAACAUUGUUUAAUACGAGGAAAACUUUGCUAAGAUGUUUGAAAAUUCUUCAGUAUCAGACGUGGAUACGUUGGACUAUUGGAGUGAUGUCCUUGCUGAGCAGCUGAGACCUGUCUUAGUGAUAAUCGCGAGUUGUUUAAUCCUGGGAACAUUAGGGAAUGUGUUUGUGAUGUACAUUUACUGGUUUGGUAACAAAUCACCAAACGAAGACCGUUUCUUUAUACCGUUUCUGGCGUUAUUUGAUAUUUGUACAUGCGCAGUGUGUUCUGGAUCUGAAAUAAUAACGGAAGUGCGUCCAUUGCGUUUUGACAAUAAUACUGUGUGUAAAAUGAUGGCCUUUUCCAGCAUAGCAUUUGCGACUAUGUCCUCACAUCUUCUUCUCCUCAUCACCAUCGAUCGCUACCUCAAGAUAUGUACACCGUUUAGGCCACAAAUGACAUUAAGACGGAAAAAGCUAGCACUUGCCGUCAUCGUCUGUGCCGGAGUCGCUGUAUCAUUACCUUCUGUUAUAGUAUAUGGCUCGGUUUCCGUGACAAUGUGGCAAGGGAACGUAACAGGAAGAUUGUGCAUCAACGUUCCGUCAGGAGAGGAAAGAAUAUGGCAUCUGACUUACAAAACAGUGAUGUUUAUAUACGGUUCAGCCCAUUUUCUGGCAUUGGUUGUUUUGUAUAUACUAAUACUACGGUCGAUAUAUAUUCGAAGCAGGGCCCGCCUCCGGCUCCAGUCAGGGCAAUGGCAAUGUCCGGCACAUGACAAAAAGGGUCGAGGAGGACAAGGGACAGAGAUAAACGAAUCUUCUAAGCAAAUGGGCAAUAACUGUCAAACAGAAACACCGGAGCACAGCAAAGGUUCAAUAUACUCCAAUGCACCAAUCAAUGACGGUUCGGCAUUUCCAGAAGAGCCUGUGUCAGUGGCCGAUGACAGAAGAGACUCGACUCCAACUCCAUCUGAUCAAGAUUCUGGUGGUCAACAAACGGACGAAGGUUUCACAAUGGAUACUGGAAAAAGUCAGUUGUGUGAUAUACAGACUAACCAAGAUAGUGUUCCAAAUACACCACAGGUACACAGGCAGAACACAAAACUAGUGAAGUCUAAUAAACAUCUAAAAAUUAAAGGGUUACGACUGACGCUAGUCUUUCUGGUCAUCUCAAUUAUUUAUGCAAUUACUAUCUGUUUGAAGCUUGUGCUUAUGACCAUGGAGUCUGUCAAGGAAAGCUUCUGGACUACCAUGACUCCAUCGGAGUUUGUUUGUUUUCGGUUCUUGUACAGUGCUUUUGUCAUCAACUUUAUUGUCAAUCCAUUUGUUUAUGGUUUCCUUGACCGAGAGUUUCAGCGAACUGUAAAGGAACGGUGUAUAUGUAGAUGAAAAAAAAAAUGCUUGUUUCAUAAAUAAUGGUUUAUCAUGGAACGUGGCUCACAUGGCGUGUUGUUAGAAUCAAUAUAAAGUAUAACCAAGCUCAGUGUGUGCAUACUUACGAUUUUAACAAAUAAAUGCAUUUCUACUGUA